AUGAAAACAGAUGUAGACUCUUGGUUAUAAACAAUUAAAGUAGAAAAAGAGAUAUUAUCAGAACAAAACCUUCGCAUAUUAUUACAAAAAACAAAAGAACUUCUAAUAGAAGAAUCAAAUAUUCAACCAGUAUCUGCUCCUGUGACAGUAUGUGGAGAUAUUCAUGGCCAAUUUUACGAUUUAUUAGAGUUAUUUUAACGAGGUGGUGAAAUUCCAUUAACAAAUUACAUAUUUAUAGGAGAUUUUGUAGACAGAGGAUACAAUAGUAUAGAAACAAUCGAAUAUUUAUUUUGCUUAAAAGUAAAAUAUCCAGGAAAAUAACUCUUUUACGUGGUAAUCAUGAAUCUCGUUAAAUUACAUAGGCAUAUGGAUUUUACGAAGAAAUAUCAAGAAAUAUGGAAAUAUAAAUGCCUGGAAAUAAUUUACAGAUGUUUUGAUUAUUUGAAUAUUGGUGCGAUUAUUGAAUAGAAAAUUUUUUGUAUUCACGGAGGUUUAUCACCUGAUAUAAGAACCAUAGACUAAAUAAGAACUAUUAAUAGAUGUAUUGAAAUUCCACAUGAAGGACCUUUUUGUGAUCUUAUGUGGUCUGAUCCAGAUGAACUUGAAGGAUGGUAAAUUAGUCCAAGAGGAGCUGGAUGGAUUUUCGGAAAUAAGCCUACUGAUGAGUUUAAUUUUUUGAAUGAUUUGGAAUUAAUUUGUAGAGCUCAUUAAUUGGCUUAAGAUGGGUAUAAAUAUUGGUUUGAUAAGAAAAUUUAGUCACUGUUUGGAGUGCGCCUAAUUAUUGCUAUAGAAUGGGAAGUGUUGCUAAAAAUAAAAGCUGUUGAUGGAUGGUUAGUAUUUGUUUCAGGUUUAGAUUAAGAAACUACAGAAGAUCAUAUUUAUGAUAGUUUUUGUGAAGUUGGAGAAAUAAAAAACUGCCAUUUAAAUUUAGACAGAAGAACUGGAUACGCAAAAGGAUAUGCAUUAGUUUAAUAUGAAAAUAUAAAAGAUGCGUAAGCAGCAAUUGAAUAAUUAAAUGGAACCACUAUUUUAAAUUAAAAAAUAUAAGUUGAUUGGGCAUUUAAAAGACCCCCUAGAGACCGCAAAUGA